AUGUGUUCAGUUAAAGUGUUCACGGAGAGGGAUUGUAGGGAAAAUUCACUAAAAAAUCUAUCAAAAAUGGUUACAAAUGAUACAAAAAUGCAAAGUGACUCUGCCACAAAUCGUGAUGUUAAAAUACGUUCGUUGAAUUGUGAAUUGAACCCUUUAACACGGACCGAUGGCUCGGCACUUUUCGCCCAGGGAGGAACAUGUGUAAUGGCAUCGAUAUUGGGACCUGUUGAAGUAAAAUUACAAAACUUGAAUAUAGACAAAGCCUAUGUGGAGUGUAUUUAUAGGCCCAAGUCUGGAUUACCCACAAUAAGGGAUAGAAUGCGUGAAACGGUAAUUAAAGAUACAUGUGAGGCGGCUUUGUUAUCGGCCAUGCAUCCCAGGACAAUGGUAUCCGUGCAAGUACAGGAAUUGGAUGAUAGAGGGGGUUUGGAUGCCUGUGCCAUUAAUGCUGCCUGUAUGGCUCUCCUAAUUGGGGGCAUUCCCAUGAAAUUUACCGUGGCUGCAGUUUGCUGUAUUGUCGAUAAAAAUGGCCAGUUAAUAUUGGAUCCUGAUUAUGGCCAAACAAAUGAGAGUCGUGCAAAUUUCACAUUUGUUUUUGAUUCCUUGGAAAGGGAUUUGGUGACUGUGAACAGUACAGGAUGUUUUAAAAUGGCACAAUUCAAUGAUGCCUACCUGAUGUGUCGUGCUGCCAGCGGAGUUAUAUUUGAUUUCUAUCGUAAAAUAAUGACUAAAUUCCAUACAAAAACAAAUCCCACAACAACAUCGCUUAUGGAGGGAGACGAAGCAAUGGAAGAUUAG